CUUAGCGAGCAGUGGUUGUUGGUACGAGAGGCUGUGUUUGGGGUUUCUGAAGUAAAGCACUCGAAGGAGAAGAAGUGAAAGAAAAAAAGGCAGCAGCGGCGGUGUGCGGUGGGAGCCAUGGCGGCGCCCGAAUCCCCUCUCUGUUACGUCGGUGUCGCCAGGCAAUCCGCUGCUUUUCGCCUUAUGAAGCAAAUGGGUUGGGAAGAAGGAGAAGGUCUCGGAAAAGAGAAGCAGGGGAUCAAAGGACACGUUCGAGUCCAAAAUAAACAAGACACUACUGGUAUUGGCCUUGAGAAGCCAAAUCAUUGGGCCUUCGACACCACUCAAUUUGAUAAUAUACUCAAGAGAUUGAAAGUUCAAGCGCCGCAAUCACAUGACACAGACACUGAGGAAAACGCACCUGAGGUGGAAACCAAGGCUAAUGUUCCUGUUGAUAAUAAUGAUUCUGUGUCCAAAACUACAAGGCCUCAGGGAAGAUACAAGAGAAGAGAGAGGGGAAAGCUUGUCUCGCAAUAUUCCUUGAAGGAUCUCGAAGGAAUUCUUGUUAAAAAGGGUGACAUAUCUGGGGUUACUGAUAAUUCUGAUGGUGAGCUGGACAUGUUGAAGUCAUCUGAAAUUCACAAUUUUCAAGUUGAAGAAAGCAAAUAUCCUGCUAUACCUCCAGAGUGGUGGGGCUAUAAGUAUGGUUUUGUCUCUGGUGGAUUUCUAGGAGCUGAAUUGAAAAAGAAAAGGUCUAUGACAUCUGAAACUGUAAAAAAUAGGGCAGAGAGAACUGCUUUUCAUGAAGAGGAUCAAGAGAACCUUUAUAAUCUAGUCCAGGAGAAAUCCACAACGGGGAAGCAAGGACUAGGGAUCAAGGACAGACCCAAGAAAGUAGCUGGUUGCUAUUAUCAGGGGAAAAAGACAUCCUUUGAUGAUAGUGAUGAAGAUUCUGCUGACACGGAUUCCCUUGAAAAACAAGCCCAUAAUGACUUGGUUAAAUUAGAAAAGAUCGUUGAAUGCAAAGUGAAGCUGAAAAAGUUGUGCAAAAAGAUUUUACUGCAGGUGCCUGGAGAAUCGUUGAAACUGAAACAGCUCAAAGUUAUUAUUGAUGAACAUUCAUCUUCGGUUUUGUCGGGCUUUUCUUCAAAAAGAGAGGCUAUUGCUUACUUACGGCAAAAGCUGACAGGUAGCAGGAAGUUCUGUAUCGAAGGCAAAAGAGUGCGAUUGUCAUCAAAGAAAAGCUGAUUUUUGAUACGUCUUUUUCUUGUCCUUUCUAAUUCAUUAUAUUUAUUGGGAGAGAAAGGGUUUAGGUAGCUUUUCAUUGGUUAGUUUUAUCAACGUAUGUUGUAUUAAUUAAAUAGCAUUUUAUGAAAUUUAAUUUACAUUGUGUUGCGAGUUUAAAAAUGUGUAAGCGAGAGCGUGUGUAACCGGAUUCCAUAGUAAAAUAAUGUAAUGCACUCAUCAUAGCGAUGGAUGAACAUGGAAAUGUCAACCGGGGUUCCUUUUGGUUCAUA